ACAUCAACAAGAGAAACAGAGAGACAACGCAUCUAGCAAUAUUUCGUUCAUUGUAUAAACAAUCCUUCUGAACAUUUAUCUUAAUCUCACACUUACGAAUCCAGAGAGCCAAAUCCCAUGAGCAAGUCAGAUAGCUCGCGAAUCCAGUCAACCCAGGCCAAAGGCGGGGAUGACAUGAGCUCGGGUGGUUUUGCAGCUCGGGCUCAAGCCGCUGGCGAUCGCUCAACGAGCACCAACACAGGCACAGCGUACUCGUCUUCUGGUUCAGCCCAGCAAGGCAUCACCGGCUCGGGUGGCGGAUCUCAGCAGUCGGGUGCUGCAAAGUGAUGACACUGUGCAGCGAAGAGUGGAUGCGGGGUUCUCAGAUUGUAGUACAUUGUGAUAUUUCAUGAUUUCGUCAUCGGGUACUUAGUCGUUGUUCUUCACUGGAUUUGGAACCAUGUAUGUAAAUUGAUUGUUAGUCGUGUGGCCAAAUUGUGCUAGAGCCUCAUGCCGUUCUCCCGAG